CGGCAGCAACAGAAGCAGCCCUUUUCCAUGACGCGCCAGAGCGGUUCUAAUUCCCACCUCCUCCGGGUUGCAACCAGUCAGCCAGGAGGCAUCAAACUGUUAGCGACGAAGACGCAGAGCUUGGUGACUUUCACUACCCUCCCACCCACUACUCCAGGCAUAUUUCGGAGGCGGCAGCAGAGGUGGCAGGAUGUGAGACCAGCCUGGAGUUCACUUCCCUGGGCGCCGCUCCCUCUUCAGAGCCAGGGCGUGUGGGCUUUUGCGCACUGGCUGAAGGGUUCCCCUGAAAAACUGGAGCAGCAUAGGAGCGAGAGGGACCGGCAGAGUUCACACCUGCCGCCUGCGUUACAGUCAGGGUGAGUUGGUGGGUUUGCUCCCUUCUGGAGCGUGCCUGCUUCCCGAGGGGCACAAAGGCCACAGGCUGAGGCGCCCGCGUCCUGGCGUGCACCGCCUGGCCUAGGCAAGGUGCGGCUGAAAGAAGGCUGCUCCCCAGCAAAGUCGCUCUGAAGGAGGAGGCUGGGAGGCAGGCGUCUUAAGAGUCUAGUCACUUAGCCAGGAGGCUGCACCUGUCAUCCUAACUAAAGGGCUGAAUGAUUUAGGAACCCUCCUUAACCUCUCCCUCUCCAGCUCCUCAAAAAGUCCACAAAGCUCCGCUGAACUCUUGAAGUCAUCCCGGAGCAGAGAGAAGUUUCCUGGCGUCCUGUUUUGCUAGGACUGGGAGUGAAGAAAACGGACGGGGCUGUUCUGUCCGCUACUUGGGGAGACGUAGUCUUCCUCACACCUCUUCCAGCAGCUCUUGUCUUUGGGCAGCCUCUCUGACUGCCCGGGAAGUCUGAGCCCGCCUAUUCAGAAGCCAGCUCGCCAUCUCCUUCUGGAAAUGGAACUACCCGCUUGAGACCUGCUGUACAUUGCUGGUUGAUUUGCAAGACUCAGGCACAACAAAGUGAACAAUGAAGCCACCAUUUCUUUUGGUCCUUGUGGUCUGUUCUGUAUUCAGCACAAAUUUGAAGAUGGUGUCAAAGAGAAAUUCUGUGGAUGGCUGCAUUGACUGGUCAGUGGAUCUCAAGACAUACAUGGCUUUGGCAGGUGAACCAGUUCGAGUGAAAUGUGCCCUUUUCUACAGUUACAUUCGUACCAACUACAGCAUGGCCCAAAGCACUGGGCUCAGGCUUAUGUGGUACAAAAACAAAGGUGAUUUGGAAGAGCCCAUCAUAUUUUCAGAGGUCAGGAUGAGCAAAGAAGAAGAUUCAAUAUGGUUUCACUCAGCUGAGGCACAAGACAGUGGAUUUUACACUUGUGUUUUAAGAAACUCAACAUAUUGUAUGAAGGUGUCAAUGUCCUUGACUGUAGCAGAGAAUGAAUCAGGCCUGUGCUACAAUAGCAGAAUCCGCUAUUUAGAAAAAUCUGAAGUCACUAAAAGAAAGGAGAUCUCCUGUCCAGACAUGGAUGACUUUAAGAAGUCUGAUCAGGAGCCCGAUGUUGUCUGGUACAAGGAAUGCAAGCCAAAAAUGUGGAGAAGUAUAAUAAUACAGAAAGGAAAUGCUCUUCUAAUCCAGGAAGUUCAAGAAGAAGAUGGAGGAAAUUACACAUGUGAACUUAAGUAUGAAGGGAAACUUGUAAGACGAACAACUGAAUUGAAAGUUACAGCUUUACUCACAGACAAGCCUCCCAAGCCAUUGUUCCCCAUGGAGAAUCAGCCAAGUGUUAUAGAUGUCCAGCUGGGUAAGCCUCUGAAUAUCCCUUGCAAAGCAUUCUUUGGAUUCAGUGGAGAAUCUGGGCCAAUGAUCUACUGGAUGAAAGGGGAGAAGUUUAUUGAAGAACUGGCAGGCCACAUUAGAGAAGGAGAAAUAAGACUCCUCAAAGAGCAUCUUGGAGAAAAAGAAGUUGAGUUGGCACUCAUUUUUGAUUCAGUGGUGGAGGCUGACCUGGCUAAUUACACCUGCCAUGUAGAAAACCGAAAUGGACGGAAACACGCCAGCGUUCUUCUGCGUAAAAAGGAUUUAAUCUACAAAAUUGAGCUUGCAGGGGGCUUGGGAGCAAUCUUCCUCCUCUUUAUACUGCUGGUGAUCAUCUACAAAUGCUACAACAUUGAACUGAUGCUCUUCUAUAGACAGCGUUUUGGAGGUGAUGAAACUACUGAUGACAACAAGGAAUAUGAUGCCUAUCUGUCUUACACCAAAGUGGAUCAAGAUACUUUAGAUUGUGACAAUCCUGAAGAAGAGCAGUUUGCUCUUGAAAUACUGCCAGAUGUCCUGGAAAAACAUUAUGGAUACAAACUCUUCAUCCCAGAAAGGGAUCUCAUUCCAAGUGGAACAUACAUUGAAGAUCUCACAAGAUGUGUUGAGCAAAGCAGAAGACUUAUUAUCGUGCUAACUCCAGACUAUAUUCUCAGACGGGGAUGGAGUAUUUUCGAACUGGAAAGCAGACUCCAUAACAUGCUAGUCAGUGGAGAAAUCAAAGUGAUUUUGAUUGAGUGUACAGAGUUGAAAGGGAAGGUGAAUUGCCAGGAAGUGGAAUCCCUAAAGCGAAGCAUCAAACUUCUAUCCCUGAUCAAGUGGAAGGGACCCAAAAGCAGCAAAUUAAAUUCUAAGUUUUGGAAGCAUUUAAUAUAUGAAAUGCCUAUCAAGAAAAAAGAAAUGCUUUCUCGAUGCCAUGUUCUGGACUCUGCAGAACAAGGACUUUUCAGAGAACUACAGCCUAUACCCUCAAUUGCCAUGACCAGUACGUCUGCCACUCUGGCAUCAUCUCAAGCUGAUCUCCCUGAUUUCCACCAUUCAGAUUCAAUGCAAAUGAGGCACUGUUGCAGAGGCUAUAAACAUGAGAUGCCAACCACCACCUUGCCAGUACCUUCCUUAGACAACCACCAUACUUACUGUAACUUGCCGCUGACACUACUCAAUGGACAGUUACCCCUUAAUAACACUCUGAAAGACACCCAGGAAUUUCCUAGAAACAAUACCCUGCUACCUUUAUCAUCCAAAGAACUUAGCUUCACCAGCGAUAUUUGGUAGUGAAAAAUAGGAAAUCCUCCAAACAGCUAUCUGAGCAUACAGAAUUUCUGCUGUACCAAGCAUAAAGUACACCUAAGAACAUUGAGGUGCUGAAAAAGUGAAUAAAAAGGCACAGAAAUCACUUUUAUACUCAAAUAUUUUUGUUUAUAUUUCCUGACUAAUGGGGGGAAGGAAAGACUUGCUUUUGUAGUGUGUCAACUUGUUCCAAUGUAUAGUUUUAAUUUCUUCCUAAAAAAAAUUUUAAAACUUUGUUGUUUUCAAGUAGGUUUUAUUAUUCCACAUGGACUGCAACCUUAUUAGGUGAGCUAUCUCCCCCAUAUUUAUGAAUAUUUCAGCAUUUACAUGGUAUUUGAAAUAAGGAAAACUUAAAGACUAAGUGAAUUUGAAAACUCUGAACUAAGUUUAAGGGGAAAAGAUAACUUUUUAUAGAGUAACUGAAAAAUCAGGAAUUAUAAAGAAAAUUUUGUUGAAUAACUCCAAUUGGAAGACUGUUUGUAAAGGAAGAUCAGUUGAGAAAAAAAAAACAACAUGAUUGAAACAUGUAAAACUUUUCCAACAUCACGGACAACUUCUGUAGACUAAAUCAACACCUUAUAAUAACAGCUUUUAGUUUUGUUAGGCAAGCAUAUCUUCUGUAGGCAAACUGGUAGGUAGAUAAACAAUGUGCAUUUCUUAAGCAAAUGAAUAGACAGGGUGUGAGUUUUUAGGAUAAUUUUGAACAACACUUACGGCUUUCUGGCUUAUUUCAAAAGUUUUUCAACUUUGAAAACACAUCUUGAAGUACACCUUUUAUUGUUUUUUAAAAAAUUUACAUUUAGACUUUUUUUCCAAAGGCUCUCUUGACCUGCUAUAAGCUUUAUGAAGAUGUUGGCAUUUUCUUACUUGAUUUUCAGCAUCAUUGGAGUUUGAAUUUAAAUAUGAAUUGACUGCAAGUGUCAGCAAUUGAAAAUAAAUAAUAUUCACAGAUGAAGUGCUAAAUGAUUUGAGCUUACUAAUGGUAGAGCAGCAAUUGCAGAGAUUCUCAUCUGCCAAGUGGUUGUGAAAUAGACUGUUCUAUAUGUACACUGUAUCUCUCUAUUCCCGGUGCUUCUAAGAGUAUAUUUGAUAGACUAAACUUGUCUAUACUCAUACAGUGACUGUGACUGCACCAUACCCCAAAAUAUCUGUGAAUAAUCUAUUCCAUAUUUGCUGUAAGUAAUGUGCCCCUGUUUUAGUAUCUAUUGUGGAUUACUACUUUGUAUGCUUUCCAAUUAGUCAGAUUUGGUGUACUCUCCACCUAGAUGCCUGUGGUGGUUAAUUCUUUAUCAUGUUUGAUUGGGGCAUUUUGCAAAUGGUUCAUAAAUCAAGCUCUUGGAUAAACAUAAAAAGGGCAAAUGUAUACAAUAUGUAAAAAUCAAGAAUUUGCCUAGGCCUUGUAAUUGUGAACAUCAAUGUAUAAGAAAACAUUAGAUAAUAUGCUUUUAUGAUUUCUCUCAACCUCUUUCCAUUACUGAUUCCCUGUGAUACAUGAGUUUCAUUUAACCUACUUGUUUGUUUCUUGCUUUCUAUAUCCAGCUGUUCAGAAAAUGUAUUAUGCACCAACAGUAUGUGAAAGCUUAGCAGUUAUACAUGUUCACUUCACAGUGGGAUAUUUAGUUGUUCCUUUGAAAAGUCCAGUUCAACACAUGUAGGUGUUUCAUAGAUGUAUUUUUCUCCACUGAGAAAGGAGAUUUUGCUUCUGUAAAAACUAUAGGUAUUUCAAAAUGAAAAUUUAUCAAUUCUGAACUGUUUUCCAAAUGUUACAAAGUUGCAUUUACUCUAUUUGUUCUUUAAUGCAAUGUGUAAUUACCAAAUUAAUAAUCUGCAUGAAAUGAGUAGUACAUGUUUAAGUGGCCAAUUGUACUUUUUACUAUUUUAUUUUUCACAGAAAUCUAGAUUAAUUCAAAUAGAAUGUUCAGUGGUAUUUUUAAACUAAUAGUUCUGUAUUGAGCAUGCCAGUUCUGAAAAUAUAACAUGGGUCUCUCUGCUUCCUUUAUUUACAAUGAUUAAACGUGGGUAGCAAUUUGAGUUGGCUGGCCACAAUGUAUCCUUUCACUACUAGUAGGUACUCAAAAACAGAGCAUUCACACUUGUGCUGGGGAACUUGACAAGAAACCUUUUCUACCAUUUUCAGGAACUAAUGUGUACUCUAUCUAUAAAAAUUUAUUUCUAGAUGGCAAUUCAAAAUUUAAUUUUCAUAUGAGAUUUUUGAAAGAUAAAACCUAUAAGGGUAUAAUAAGUAUUUAGUCUAGAACAUAAUGUAUUCUUCCAGUUGCUUCUACAGUGAGGAAAUUUAUUUUUCUUUUCAGCAUUUCACUGAAAUGGAUUUUGGAAAUCUAUGAAGACCCUUUGUACAACUAGUUCUAAGACAAUUAUAACGAAUUUAUUGUUAUGUGAUUGUGUAAACACACAUUUAAAAACUGACUUUUUAAGGGGAAACACCCUGAAAACAUCAUAAAAGAUGGCACAAAUGAGAAAUGCAUAAACUCAAUGAAUACAUAGCAAAAGAAAACUGCACUGAGAACAAACAAUGCUCAAGGAGAUGGACAAUGUAAACAUGGGUUUCAUUUUGCAAAAUAUGAAAUCUGGCAGUUUUGAAAAUGUAUGGGCUCCAAUCUAACCAUGGAGACUUUGAAAUGUAUCUGGAUGUUCCCUGAAAAGAUGUCUUUCUUCACUGCCUCUAAGCCUUAAUUGAAUUAGAUCCAAAUCUGUUCUGUUUUCAAACACUCAUUCAAAAAUAUGAACACAGAGAAACUUU